AUGAUGUCAAUGAACAGCAAGCAGCCUCACUUUGCCAUGCACCCCAGCUUACCUGAGCACAAGUACACCUCUCUACACUCCAGCUCUGAGGCAAUAAGGAGGGCAUGUCUGCCAACCCCACCGUUGCAGAGCAAUAUCUUCGCCAGCCUGGAUGAGUCCCUGCUAGCCCGGGCCGAGGCUCUAGCAGCUGUAGAUAUGGCUGUAUCCCAGGGCAAGAGUCAUCCUUUCAAGCCUGAUGCCACCUACCACACCAUGAGUAGCGUGCAAUGCCCUAAUAAUUCUACUCUCCCUCUUGCCCACCACCACCAUCACCACCAUCACCAUCACCACCAAGCGUUGGAGGCCGGAGACCUUUUGGACCAUGUCACCUCUCCAUCCCUAGCACUGAUGUCAAGUAAUGGCCAUGAAGGAGUCGGCGGUGGUGGAGGAGGUGGAGGGGGAGGUGGUGGCGGAGGAGGUGGCGGAGGAGGCUUGAUCUCUACCUCGGCCCAUCCGCACAGCCAUAUGCAUGGCCUGAGCCACCUUUCCCACCAGGCGGCUAUGAAUAUGACUUCUGCCCUCCAGCACCCUGGACUGAUGGGACACCAUGGACCUGGCGGUCAAGUUGGCUCCGCAGUGGGUGCUGCUGCAGGCUUGGCCUCUAUCUGCGAUUCUGAAACUGACCCAAGAGAACUAGAAGCCUUUGCCGAGCGUUUCAAACAGAGGAGGAUCAAACUAGGGGUGACCCAGGCGGAUGUGGGUUCAGCACUAGCCAAUUUGAAGAUCCCCGGUGUAGGAUCCCUUAGCCAGAGCACCAUUUGUAGGUUCGAGUCCCUCACCCUCUCCCACAACAACAUGAUCGCCCUCAAACCCAUUUUACAAGCCUGGCUGGAGGAGGCAGAGGGGGCUCAGAGGGAAAAAAUGAACAAACCUGAACUUUUCAAUGGGGGCGAAAAGAAACGCAAGAGGACUUCCAUCGGCCCUGAGAAGAGGUCUCUGGAAGCUUAUUUCGCUGUGCAACCCCGACCCUCCUCCGAGAAGAUAGCUGCAAUCGCUGAGAAAUUGGACCUCAAAAAGAACGUGGUUCGGGUUUGGUUUUGUAAUCAGAGACAAAAACAAAAAAGAAUGAAAUUUUCUGCCACAUAUUAGAUCCCUAACCCCCAACCAUGCCCGCGUAUACCCUCAAAAUGCUAACAAAAAACACUAUUUAUGUAUUUAUUUAUUCUUUGAAUUUAUCAAUUUAAUUUAUAUUGCUCUUGAAAGAGGGUUUAUUUUCUUGUAGAGGACUCUAAAAGAACUUAAGACGAUCUCUAA